UGUUUGUUUGUCUUAUGAGAAUAAAAUUUAAUUUUCAUUGAUUUGCUCGUCGUUCUUCCUUGUUAUGAGCAAAAUAAUACAUAAUUUAAAUCAUACUUAACCACGAGAGAUGGCCCAGUGGAUGAAAAUCGCCUGCUUAAACAGACAGCUCCAGCUCAAGACUACCCUCACCGGCGGGCAGAGCUUCCGGUGGAAGCAGCAUGGAACCACUGAAGAUGAGUUCAUCGGAGUGUUUGCCAACAUCGUCUGGAUUCUGAAGCAAACCGAGACGGAACUGCUGUUCAGAAUCGUCGGUGAACUUUCGUAUCCAAAUGACAGCAAUCUGGAUGUUGUCUCAGCGAAAAACGCUAAAAAGCAACGAACGUCAAUUGAGAAGACAAAUCCGGCUGAAAUCCGCCUCAAAGUACCCGAACCGGAACAGUAUUCCUCCAAAGGAAAGCUACUAUAUCCUAAAAGCUACUACAUAAGUCUACUCCGGGUCUACUUCCGGUUGGAUGUAGAUUUGGAACAGUGCUACCAACAGUGGAACAAGUGCCAUACGCAUUUCGAGAACAGUACGGACCAAUUUUACGCCGUCCGCCAGCUGGAUCAGGACCCGGUGGAGAACCUGUUCUCUUUUAUCUGCAGCCAGAAUAAUAACAUUUCGAGAAUUUCCGGUUUGGUGGAGAAAAUUUGCACUCACUACGGUGAGAAAAUCUGCGACUAUAGUGGGGCGCCUUUCUACAACUUUCCUGACGUUAGUUCGCUGGCUCCAGCGGCAGUAGACGACCAUUUGCGGCAGCUGAGCUUCGGCUACCGUGCCAAGUAUAUCCAAAAAUCGGCCGAGGAAAUCCUCGCCAAAGGUAAUCUGGAGUGGUUCCGGAAGUUGCGCCAUUUGGACUACAAGGAGGCACAUCGAGAGUUGCUGACGCUGACCGGGAUCGGUCCGAAGGUAGCCGAUUGCAUCUGUUUGAUGUCGUUGAAUCACCUCCAGGCUAUUCCGGUCGAUACGCACGUGUUCCAGAUUGCCCGCAACUAUCUGCCUCACCUGGCCAAGUGUAAGGCCGUUUCGGGGAAGAUGUACGGCGAGAUUGGCGAUAAGUUUCGGGAAAUUUACGGACCGAAGGCGGGCUGGGCGCAGACGGUGCUGUUCUGCGCCGAUUUGCGACAGUUUAAGGAGGGCGCGGCCGGAGCGGGGGAGGACGCGGAUGGGGUGAGUGAGACUAAGGUCCCGGCAGCCGACUCUUCGAAGUAUAGACGAUCGGAAGAAAAUUGCGAAGAAGAGGGUGCUGACUUAGCUGCUAUUGCACCUUCGUCAUCAUCUAGUCGGCCAAUGAGUCAAAAACCAUCCAGAAACCAGCAACAGCUUCGAGGAAAUUUUGCCCACGCAGGAAUGCAGAUGGCUAGGGCCGGCAACCUGCUAGCAGAAGCAGCCAAAGAAAAGGCAGUUUUGGUCAAAGAGAGGACACAGGUCAUUAACAGGAUGGUGAACCACGCCGUCAUGUCGGUCAAUUUUUCCGCCUUAAGCGAAAUCGCCAAACAAUAUUUCAAAAUGGAACAGGAAAAAAUACUGCAACAAUCAACAGCGGAAUAAAAUUUGCCCAAAUCGCCACAAAAUUGCCUUGCUGGCGACGAUGACGACGAUUAUAACAGGCAA